AUGGGAGACAGGAACUCGUUUGCCAGGAUGAGAGAAGAGCACGUCAGCAACGUCAGAGCCGUCAGCGCCACCAGGCUCAAGAUGAAAAAAUAUCAAGCUCUCCUCCAGCUGAUCGAGGGCGUAGAACCCGAGCUGCGAGCACGCUUCGAGACCACCUGCCAGGCUCUGGAGGAGGAGGAAGCCGCCGCCCUCGAAGGAGAGAUCGAGGCGGUCGGCCUCCACGGCGCAGAUGGGGAGUGCUUACCGGGACUAAGAAUCCAGGCCCUGGGAGAGAGUGAGGUCGGUCAGGCACUGCUCAAGUCCUUCACGCCCAUGAUAGACCGACACGCGCGGCAACAGGAACCAUCUCCCUCGCUUGGUAACACGCCAACACGCAAGAUGCCGAGCAGCGCGCCUUCCCUACCCGGUAUCGUAGCUCGCGGCUCCCCUCCUAGGCCCAAUAUCAUAAGCACGUAUGUCUCCAUACCUACAGACGUCUCCCGUCGGAAUACGCGGCCCCCGCGCCCGCGACGCAAAAUAGGAUUGCAGAGCUUCGAGCGGGCGUCGGACCCCGAGUCGUCUGGAGAUCCUGACGAGGAGAUUCCGCACCGGCCUGUCAAGCGAACAUGCACGUAUACCGAUCCCGCACUGGUGAGGAGCCUGUCUCCGGUACGUCCAGCCUCCGAGCCCGGUCUGUGGCCGCCAUCCAGCAGCACCAUGGCCGCCGAGGCCCCUUCCGAAGCGCCCAGCGGCUCGAUUCGUUCCGGUCUGAGACGCGCGGCAAAGCCGGCGGGGAGCUACAACGAAGCGGCUACCUUUCGAGGUUUGGGACUGUUGCGGUGA